UACUGAUGUUCCGUGAAGUACCCAAUGCAACCACUGCACUGCUCGACAUGUUGCUGCAUUGCUGCUACUGCAACGACACGUUCACCUUGUCCGUCAUGAUGAUGAUCCACGGUCAGGUGUCCUCGGCGCCCACCAAUGAGCUGAAGCACAUCUUGAUUCUCCUCCUGGAGCUGUUGAUGAUGGAGGACCCCCUGCAGGGCAAGCGCCUCAAGCUAGCCGUGGAAGGCAACAACAACAAUGGCCUCUUGGGUAAGGAGCUCUCAUCUCUGUAUAUACUGACCUGGGUAGGGUGA